AUGGCCGCAACGGAUGUGCUCGCAACCGGCGCCUCAGUCGGUCCAUCUGCGACACCUCAAAUAUCCGCCCUGCUCGGCGUCACCUAUGCAUGUCACCUCGAUCAGCCCGACAGCGAUCUGUGGUUCUCGUCCAGUCAUGCAUCGACUUCGCAAAAAGACACGAGCGCUUGCAACGGCGACUCGCUGUCUGAUCGAUACGCCGAAUGUCUCUGGCUUGGCGAACACCACACCGGCCUGGGCCACUUUCUCGAGUGCAUCGACCGGUUGCAUCUGUCUCACGAGCUGGACGACAUUGUGCUUGGAUUGUGCCAGCUGAUCAAGUCGAGGAGCGCGAUCACACGUCGCCACCGAGCUGUUGCAGAUAACCUGCUCAAGGCAUCCGAGAGCACAUGCCACGAUUCCAAUUUGGAAGCACUUUCGAACUACGAGAUCGAUCUGGGCAGGCGUGCUGUCGAGCGUGCAGUGCCGCGAUCGAAGCCGAGAGAAGCAGUGGAUGCGGAAUUGGGAUCGCUUCGAGAGCGUUGGACCUCGUCCAUGGAGAGUAGAGAAAUCCAACUGCAGAUCUUGGUGACACUGAGCCUUCUGCAGAUUGUCUCGCAAGAGCCCAAGGCGCUCGAGACGGCACGGUCGCGCAUGUCGCUGCCGUCUGCAACAAGCAACGCACCGGCAGCGGACAUCGACGCGGGGAAGAGUGGGAAGGAGCAGCCUCGAAAGCGAUCGCGCAAGCUGGAGAAGGCGAAGCGGUGGCGAGGCACACGGCCGCAAGGCGACGUCGAAGAUGCCUUUGCGUGGAACAGCCAAGUGCGACGACGCCACACGAGCGAGUGGUCGCACGACGAAGCGGAUCGCGCCGAAGCGGACGUGCUCGAGAUGCAGGGUGGCGAGGUUCUUGCCAUGGACCAUCUGAGCAAGCGUCUGGAAGCACUUGUCGACAUCCUAUGCCUGCGGCAGGUUGCUUCGGGCAUCGACACCGAACUCGAGAGCCUGCUCAACGAUUCGAGUGACGCCGUCAAGACCGAGCACGCGGGUGGUAACGGUGGGCGAGGCGUGUUGUUGGGCUCGUCGGUGCGCAAGCUGGUGGAAGAGGACGAGCUCGACGAUGCGCAGUGGCUUUGCUCGUGCGUUGUGGAGCCGCACUUUGAAGCGAGUCUGCCAAGGCAGUGCUCGUUGUUUCGCAGCAAGUGCUUUGUGUCUUUGCAAUCGCGCACGCCUGCGCGUCCGACCAAAGUUGCGCGGACGGGAUCUUUGGGUUCGCCGACGAUGCGAAGCACAGGUUCUCUGGCGCCGAGUCGGUCGCCGCCGAAUGGAGGCCUGUCGCGCGUGCUGGAGAAGGAGCUGGCGGGGCGCAAGGCGAGGCGGAAUCCGAUGACCAAACGUUCGAUGGUUCUGGGACAGGGGCGAGAGGUGGACAUGGGCCGGCGUCUGGCACGCAGCGUCAGCGUGACCUUGGAUCGAGAGAAGAGUACGCGCAGCGGCAGCGUCUUCUCACGCAGCAGCAACGCCAGCACACUCGACGAAAGCAGCGGGGCGAGUCUCAAGGAGCGAAGCGCGAGCGUCUACGCGUCUGGUGCAUUGGGUGGCAAGGCUGGUAUGGCGCUGUCACAGUCGUUUGCCGCCUCAUCGCAAAGCAGUGGACGGCGGCUGCUGGUGCUGUCAACGCCCCAGAAGGAGCCGGCGAGCCGCGUCAUGGGGCCUACGCAUCACCACUUUUCGCAGAUGGACAAGCCCAAGCUGGUGUUUCCGAGCCUGGUGUUGGAAUCGCCCACGCACGACGGGCUAUCGGUACCACGAGGAGCGACAGGACGCUUCGCGGAGAGGUCGCUGUCGUUCAAUGCGCUCGGCGAUUUGAGAGUGCCUCGCUCGCCAUCGCCGGACGAGCGCUAA